AUGUUCUUUUUCUUGUUUAUUUUUAUAUUUUUUGAUCUGAGUUUCUUUUUCAGUUCAUUUCCUUCCUUCUUUCCUUCAUGCCUUCAUUCAUUCCUACCAUCCUUUAUUCCUUCCUUUCUUUCAUCCAUCCUUUCUUCCUUACUUCAUUCAUUCAUUCCUCCCAUCUUUCGUUCGUUCGUUCCUUCCAUCCAUCCAUCCUUCCUUCCUUCAAUUUAUCUUUCCUUCCUUCCUUCCUUCCUUCCUUCCUUCCUUCCUUCCUUUUCUUUCUUCCUUUCUUCCUUCCUUCUUUCCAUUCAUCCACUCAUCCUUCCUUCCUUCCUUCCUUCCUUCCUUUCAUCUUGCUUCUCGUCCUUCCUCCCUUCCUUCCUUCUUUCCAUUCAUCCAGUCAUCCUUCCUUCCUUUCUUUCUUCUUUCCUUCCUUCCAUUCAUCCAUUCAACCUUUCUUUCUUUCUUUCUUUCUUUCUUUCUUUCUUUCUUUCUUCCAUCCUUCCUUCUAUCCAUCCGUCCUUCCUUUCCUCUUUUCAUCUUGCCUCUCUUCCUUCCUUCCUUCCUUCCAUCCUUCUUUCCAUUCAUCCAUUCAUCCUUCUGUCCUUCCUUCUCUCUUUCCUUCCUUACUUUGUUCCUUCCUUCUUUUCAUCUUGCUUGUCUUCUUUCCUUCCAUUCAUCCAUUCACCCUUCCUUCCUUCCUUCCUUCCUUCCUUCCUUCCUUCCUUCCUUCCUUCCUUCCUUCCUUCCCUUUGUUUAUUUUCUCGUCAAUUAAUUUUAUGA